UCUACCACUGAGACAGCCUGGGUACCCAUAACAACGGGCAGUGGUAACGCUAGUAUCCCUUUUCCUUCCACUUUAAUAGAAUAAAGGAAAUCAUGGGAAUUACUCCAGGCCACUGCGGGUACAGCAGCCACAGAGUGUAUGCCUCAUUUGUUGACUUACAUCUGGGAAUAUAACUGCUGACUAAAAAACCUCUAAAAAACACGUCGGGACACUUUAUCUCCAUCUCCACCAUUUUGGUUGUCGGUGAUGGAGCACAUCCGGACGCCCAAGGUGGAAAAUGUGCGUCUCCUGGACCGGUCGUCAGGACAGAGAAAGGCCAGCGUCGGGACGCUCUACCUUUCUGCCACGCACACCAUCUUUGUAGAAAACAACCCUGAGACACGCAAGGAGACAUGGGUGUUGCACAGUAUGGUGAGCAGUGUGGAGAGGCCACCCACCAUCCCUGUAGGAAGUCAGCUGAUCCUGCAUUGUAAGGACUUCCGGGUCUUCCAGAUCCUCAUUCCGCAAGAGAGAGACUGUUUGGACGUCCACACGUCAUUGGUCAGAUUGUCACGGCCAGAGAAGUACAGUGAGCUGUACUGCCUGUCCUUUAAUCCCAAUGUGAACAAAGUGGAGAGAGAAGAGUCCUGGAACUUCAUAGACCUCAUGGCCGACUUCAAGAGGAUGGGAGUUCCUAAUAACUUGUGGGUCGCUACAGUGGCCAACAGCGAAUACAGGGUUUGUGAUACGUACCCAUCACAGCUGUUUGUUCCAAAGUCAGCCACAUCCGCCAUCAUCGUGGGCAGCUCAAGGUUCAGGAGUCGAGGACGAUUCCCUGCUCUGUCCUACUUCCACCAGGACACACUGGCAGCAGUGUGUCGGUGUAGUCAGCCACUGUCCGGCUUCAGUGGACGCUGCCAGGAGGAUGAGAUGAUGCUGCAGGUUGUGAUGAAGUCCAACCCUGGCAGUGACUACAUCUAUGUGGUGGACACCAGGCCAAAGCUGAAUGCCAUGGCAAAUCGAGCAGCAGGUAAAGGCUACGAGAAUGAGGACCACUACACCAACAUCAAGCUGCAGUUCAUUGGCAUCGAAAACAUCCACGUAAUGAGAAGCAGCCAGCAGAAAAUUAUUGACGUGGGCGAGAUGAGAUCUCCGUCCAUGACUGACUUCCUGUAUGGUCUGGAGAACUCUGGUUGGCUCAAACAUAUUAAAGCCAUACUGGAUGCGGGGCUCUUCAUAGCAAGAGCAGUGGCCGAUGAAGGUGUCAGUGUGUUGGUUCACUGUUCAGAUGGCUGGGACAGGACGGCCCAGGCCUGCUCUGUAGCCAGUAUCCUGUUGGACCCAUACUACAGAACCAUCAAAGGACUCAUGGUGCUGAUAGAGAGAGACUGGGUCUCCUUCGGACACAAGUUCUCCCACAGGUACUCCCACCUGGAUGGAGAUCCCAAAGAGGUGUCUCCUGUCAUCGAUCAGUUUCUGGAGUGUGUGUGGCAACUGUCUGAGCAGUUUCCGUGCGCCUUUGAGUUCAACGAGCGCUUCCUCAUUGCCAUACACACACACAUCUACUCCUGUCAG